AAGUCAAAUCCACGAGAGAUAAAUACUCUCUCGUGCAGUUUCGCAGAUCCGAUUUCUCCAAAGCUUUUUAUUUGUUUCCUCCCUUUUUGAAGCGCCUCUUUCUAUUUUCCAGGAAAUUACAUUAAAAAAUCAAAUCUUUUUCACUUUCUCCGAGAAAAUAAAGUUUUCAUCUUUCCAGUUUUUAGUUCAAACACACUAGAAAACAGAGAGUAAAGAGAUCAAAAAGGGUAUUUCAAACGAUAUCUGUUGAUGAUCUCAUGGUUUCUGAGAAAGUUUUCAUUUUUCGCAGGAAAGUGAAGAGAUUUUGAGAGUAUUGCUUAGGUUAAAGUUAAUGGCUGAAGAAGGUUGAGUCUCUCUGUAUCUGCUGAUCAAAUUGGUUUUUGACUGGUGCUUGAAGAUAUAGCUCUUGUGUACUCUCUUAAAACGAUGAGAGCAGAUAAUGAUCAUGUGGUUGAAAACUCGGUAGAGAGCUGCAAAGAUGAGUCUAAAACUCAGCAAUGUCCUGAAGAGAAGUGUGAAGAUGCAGAGCUAAAGAUCCCUGAAAAUGGGAAGAACGAUAACAAUGUGUGUGAGUUGUUCUAUGAUACUAGAACGGGAGAAGAAUUGGAUAAAGAUAAUGAUGGAAACAACCAUUCUUGUGAGGCUGGAAAGAAACUAGGAGUUGAUAAUAUUGAUGCUAAAAGUUGUGCUCCAGAGACAGUGGAUCCGGUGUUUUAUAUGGACAAGAAUGUAACGGCUUGCGACUUGCCUGAGAUAGUAGUUUGCUGCAAGGAGGGCACUUAUCAUGUAGUGAAGGACAUUUGUGUUGAUGAAGGCGUGCCGGUCCAGGAGAAGUUCUUGUUCGGUGAGAAAGGUUCUGUGAAAUGUAGCUUAGAUUCAAACCAAUGUGAGUCAGAGGAUUUGAUGAAAGCAGACAAAGAAACAGAAACUAAGUCCUUAGAAGACAGAAACGGUAAGGUUGAUGUUGAUUCUGAGCUUUGUAAUGAUCCUAAGACAAACAUAGAUGUUGAAGAAUCUCCAAGAGAAGACUUUGCUGAUGCUGAAGGUUCUAGCCAUUGUAAUCAAGAUCAUUUGAUUGUGACAAGAGAGGCCAAGGACUCACUCACAUCUGAAAUUUCUAAUGAGAUUGAAGUGGCUACAUUGGAGAAUGGUCUAAAGGAAUCUAAAACUUUGGGAGAUAUUCUUUCAUGGGAAGAUGAACCAAAACCUCUUAGCAAUAACAACAAUUGUGAUAGACUUGAAGAACAAUCUCCACCUCAGCUUCAGGAGAAGGAAAGACAUGAGCCAAAAGAAGCAGAGGAGAAGCUUUCCUCUGUUUCUACAACAACCUCUCAAGAACCAACCAAAAGUUUCAACAACAAUCAGCAACCAGACUUGUUAGUGGGAGAUUCUUUGGAAGACAACAAACUUACCUCAGGUGGAUUUGGAGAGACAAGUUUCUCAGCAGCAGAUGCAGUUUCAAUCUCAAGUCAUAUAACGUACACAGGACCUAUUGCAUACUCCGGAAGCCUCUCUGUUCGUUCUGAUGCAAGCACAACAAGUGGAAGAUCCUUUGCUUUCCCAGUAUUACAGUCAGAAUGGAACAGUAGUCCUGUAAGAAUGGCCAAACCUGAGAAGAGAAGACACAAAGGAUGGAAACAGAUUCUUCUUUGCUGUAGAUCCUCUUAAUCAACUAGUUCACUUUGAAGCUCAAGGAGAUAUGACAUUUUACAAUAUUUUUCUUUAAAAAAAGGAAUGUUUUUUUUUUAUAUUUUAAUUAUGAAGUAAAUAUUUUUUUCUCUUUUUUGGGUGGUUUAUAGUUGAUGCCAUGGUGUGUGUAAAUGGCAUUUUGGUAGUAGUAUUAACAGCUAGGGGCUUUUGAGAUUGGUUAAAGAUGCAACAUGGUCGGUGUUAUGUAACCGAUGAGUUUAUUAUAACUUCAUCUUCAUUCAUGUAUGUGUACAUGCUUUUUGUUUAAGUUUGGUGCUUGAGUGAUUUAUUU